CAGGGCAACCCUGUGUUAUCGUCCCCGUCUGACGACGACGACCCAUCAUUUUUCGAUAGCAAAAAAAGUGCAAAAAAUUAAAUUCUCGGCGUAAUUAAUCAGUAAAUAUAAUAUCUUAAGCAGUAGCCAAAACACCUUCACAUCCAGCCCCAGACGGAGGACCCAGGAUCCAGAGCCAGACCCAGUCGAGAUGUCGCUCAAGCCCAAAAUAGUCGAGUUUGUCGAUGUUUGGCCGCGCCUGCGCUGCAUCGCCGAGUCUGUGAUAACUCUCACCAAGGUGGAGCGAUCGGUGUGGAACACAAGUUUCAGCGACGUGUACACGCUGUGCGUGGCCCAGCCGGAACCGAUGGCCGAUCGCCUCUACAGUGAGACAAAGCACUUCCUUGAGCAGCACGUCCAGGAAAUGCUGGCCAAAAAGGUGCUGAUCGAGGGAGAAGGUUCCAACUCAAACGGCGGGCCGGACCUACUCCAUAGGUACUACACCACUUGGAUGGAGUAUAGCCAGGGGAUCAAGUAUUUGCACCAGCUGUACAUCUACCUUAACCAGCAGCACAUCAAGAAGCAGAAGAUCACCGAUACGGAAUCGUUCUACGGAAACCUGUCCAGUGAUGCCGCCGAGCAGAUGGAGAUUGGCGAAUUGGGGCUCGACAUUUGGCGCCUGUACAUGGUUGAGUAUUUGGCCACCGAGCUCGUGCGCCAUAUACUGGAAGGGAUUGCUGCUGAUAGGGCCAGCAACGGAACGCUGGAUCAUCACCGCGUCCAAAUCAUUAACGGCGUGAUUCACAGUUUUGUGGAGGUGCAGGACUAUAAGAAAACUGGAUCGCUGAAGCUAUACCAGGAGCUCUUCGAGGGUCCCAUGCUGGAGGCCAGCGGCACCUAUUACACAGACGAGGCCAACAAGCUGCUCCAGCGCUGCUCCGUUUCGGAGUACAUGCAGGAGGUUAUCCGAAUACUGGAGUACGAGAGCCGGCGGGCCCAGAAGUUCCUGCACGUCAGUUCGCUGCAAAAACUGCGCAAGCAGUGCGAGGAGAAGUUCAUCAACGAUCGGCUGGGCUUUAUCUACUCGGAGUGCCGCGAAAUGGUGUCCGAGGAGCGGCGACAGGACCUGCGCAACAUGUACAUUGUGCUCAAGCCGAUACCCGACAACCUCAAGGCCGAGCUCAUCACAACCUUCCUCGAGCACAUCAAGAACGAGGGCUUGCAGACUGUCGUUGCGCUCAAGGGCGAAAACAUUCACAUAGCGUUCGUCGAAAAUAUGCUGAAGGUGCACCAAAAGUUCCAGGAGCUAAUUGCCGACGUCUUCGAAAACGACUCACUCUUCCUUAGCGCGUUAGACAAGGCAUGCGCUAGCGUAAUCAAUCGCCGUCCCACCGAGCGCCAGCCGUGCCGCAGCGCUGAAUAUGUGGCCAAAUACUGUGAUACGUUACUGAAGAAGUCGAAGACCUGCGAGGCGGAGAUCGAUCAGAAGCUUACCAACAACAUAACCAUUUUUAAGUAUAUCGAGGAUAAGGAUGUCUACCAGAAAUUCUACAGUCGGCUAUUGGCCAAGCGUCUUAUCCAUGAGCAAAGCCAGAGCAUGGAUGCUGAAGAGGGAAUGAUCAAUCGAUUGAAGCAAGCCUGUGGCUAUGAAUUUACAAAUAAACUCCAUCGAAUGUUUACGGAUAUAUCGGUAUCUACAGAUCUGAACAACAAGUUCAACACUCACUUAAAGGACACGGAUGUGGAUUUGGGUAUCAAUCUCUCAAUAAAGGUACUACAAGCUGGAGCUUGGCCUUUGGGAUCGACACAAGUUAUACCGUUCGCAGUGCCACAGGAAUUUGAGAAAUCAAUCAAAAUGUUCGAGGACUACUACCAUAAACUGUUUAGUGGUCGCAAGCUAACCUGGCUACAUCACAUGUGUCACGGCGAACUGAAACUGAGUCACCUGAAGAAGUCGUACAUCGUAACGAUGCAAACGUACCAGAUGGCGAUAAUUCUGCUAUUUGAGACCUGCGACAGUCUGAGUUGUCGGGAAAUACAAAAUACGCUUCAGUUGAACGACGAAACGUUUCAGAAGCACAUGCAGCCAAUGAUCGAGUCGAAGCUGUUGAAUGCCAGCUCAGCAGAGAAUCUCGCCGGGGAGACUCGAAUUGAAUUGAAUUUGGAUUACACAAAUAAGCGUACAAAGUUUAAGAUAAGCUCGGCUUUGCAAAAGGAAACGCCGCAGGAGGUCGAACACACAAUCAACUCGGUGGACGAGGAUCGCAAACUAUUCCUGCAGGCGGCCAUUGUAAGGAUUAUGAAAUCACGCAAGGUCCUGAAGCACAAUGCACUGAUACAGGAGGUUCUCUCACUAUCAAAGGUUAGCUUUACGCCCAACAUAGCCAUGAUCAAGAAGUGUGUGGAGUCCUUAAUCGACAAACAAUAUAUUGAGCGAACAGCGAAUUCGGGAGACGAAUACAGCUACAUGGCCUAGACUAAAGCAGAGAAUACUUGAUUCUGAAAAACCAAUUAAAUACACACUGACAACAAACACACACAGAGUAAUUCUUGGCGGAAGGCGGCUAACUCAUCUUGUCUAAAGCCCCUCAUGCAUGGACAGGAUCCUAGCAAACUACCAUCAACCUUACGCUCAAAAUAUUCUUUACGGAAGAAACAAACGAACGUUUAGGCUAUCUUGUUUUUGUUCUCUAAUCUUGGCCGCAUUGGAAUAAAAGAUUGUGUUGUUACUCGA